GAGACCAGCAGGUGUUUCUGGGAGCCGCUCCCCAUAUUUAUUCAAAGGCGUGACGUCAUCGCUUCCGGCAGUCUCACCAUAACAACGGCGGAUUUCUGGCGUCAUCGCUCGCGCGUACAGUCAGCGGUUCUCUGUAAAGACAGAACAGGUUAACGUGAGGAAAAAUGCUGCGGCGGUGAACAGAGCGGAGCUACAGGAAACUCUGUGGGUCUCUCAGCUCCGUGGAGUUAAAAAAAAAAGAAAGAAAAGAAAUGCAGCAGCUUCAGCAUCCGAUGCUAGCCUGCCUUCUCAUGCUAAUCUCCGCGAGCCCUUUCGCCGCGCGCUCCUCCUCGUCCAUCUCCGAUUUGAAAUCCAAAAUCUCCGGGGUGGAAGAGCUGCUGGAGGAGUUCCGCCAGCAGGAGCAAACCCGCGGCGCGGGGGGCGUGACGGACUCCUGCGUGGUCGACUUCAGCGCCUCCAAGGAGCGCAUCAUCCGGACCAAGGUGUCCACCCAGCACGGGGCCGCGUUCCUGCUGGCCCCGGACAGGGUGCACUCCUGGAGGGACUGCGUGCACGCCUGCUGCGCGCAGCCGCACUGCACCGUGGCGGUGCUGCAGGAGGAGCCGCGGAAGGCCGGGGACUCUCUGGGCUGCUACCUGUUCAACUGCACCUACAGGAACACAAACGUCUGCUCCUUUUCACCGCAGCGGGGCUUCACCACCUACAGCCGGGAUCCAAACACCACCCUGGGGCUGCUGUCGGGGUCACCCAGCGGCUCAGCCUGGAGGUCAAGAGGAGGCCCCUCCGAGGAGGAAGAGGACACUACAGAGGUGGAUGAGCCUCCUCGCAGCAACGCGGGUCAGGACGUGGUCAUCCAGCUGCCCACUGACUGGGCCGUGCUGGACGGACGCGACAGCGUAGACGACCACGGCAUCGACCGUUACGACUGGACUCUCGUGAAGGGGGACACCGCCAUCAACAUGAAGUCGACUCAUCCUGGCCUCCUGAAGGUCAGCGGCCUGCAGGAGGGCGUCUACACCUUCCAGAUGACGAUCACGGACACAAGCGGACAGAAGAGCUCGGACAACGUCUCUGUCACGGUUCUGGCUCCGAAACACCAAGCAGAAGCGUGUACCGGCCACUGCUCCAACUACCAAUUCAAAUGUGACGACGGCUGCUGCAUCGACAUCUCCUACGCCUGCGACGGGAAGCAACACUGUCCGGACCGCUCUGAUGAAGACUUCUGCACAGACUUUGAUAGUGGCCGUAAGUCGGCGACCCACAGGGUGGAUCCUCCAACCUCCCGAAGCUCUGCAUCCCCCAUAGAGGCUGAGGACGCCUCCAUGCUCCCAGCUGGAAACAGGAAAGGCAUCACCCCAGCAGGGGACAGAAGUAGAGCCCGUCCUCCACAAGACUCCAUCUUUAAGGAGACGGCAGUCGGCCAAGAUCCGUGUGGUGCAGAUCCAGUUGUGGGUCCAUGUAAAGGUACCUUUCCACGGUGGUACUAUGACCAAAAUACAGGAGAGUGCAAGCACUUCCUCUACGGCGGUUGCCAGGGCAACCACAACAACUUCCUCCAGGAAUUAGACUGUAUCAGUGAAUGCAUACAGAGGAGUCCGGCCUUCAGACCAGCAAGUGUGGCGCCAGCGGUUACCAAGGAAACUGACACACAUCCUGCUGAAGUCCCCCAAAGCAAAGCAGAGGGUGACCCCCACCGUGCUUUUCCUGCAGUGGGGGGACACCCCCCUCCAGAGUCAGGUGCAAUCCUUCCUCUGGCGCUCGGCCUCCUCAUCACCGCUCUGCUGCUGCUCAUGAUUGGCUGCCGCCUCAGACUUGUCCGCCACAGAAUGAAGAAAGCCCGCCCCCUGACCACAGAGGAAUCUGAUUACCUCAUCAACGGCAUGUACCUGUAAUCCAACAAAAGGUGUCUGCAGCAAAGCCUGAUGUUGUGGAGGUGGUCAAAACGUUUCCAUUUUAGCUCUAAAACCCGCCAUCAAUACCCAUGAUGCUUCUGUGUUCACAUGUGUGGAGAUACCAGCUGUUCUUUACCCACAAUCCUAAAGGUCUCUCUGUGGUUUCCCCACAGCGUCUGUUACUUCAAUCUGCCAUUACCUGGAUAAAUAAAAGAUUAUUUACUAUUUUA